UCCAAGAGCGAAAAAAUGUCAGAAGAGAGAAGGAGGUUCUAAAAACAAUAUCUAAGUUAUCCGGCGCUGCAGCAAGAAAAUUGCUGAUUUUCCAAUGGCAAAUAAGCUCAGGUUAGAGGGUAAAGUAGCUGUAAUAACAGGUGGUGCUAGUGGCAUUGGUGAAGCAGCAGCCAGAUUGUUCGUUGAACAUGGGGCCCGCGUCGUUAUUGCGGACAUUCAGGAUGAACUUGCUCUCCAAGUUGCGUCCUCUAUCGGAUCAGUCAACGUCUGUUGCCGACGCUGUGAUGUAAGCGAUGAGAAACAAGUAAACGAAACUGUCGCAUUUGCUGUUGAAAAAUACGGUACACUCGAUAUAAUGUUCAGCAAUGCUGGCAUACUCAACCCAUUCGAGAGCAUACUCGAAAUGGAUAUGACGGUGUUUGACAGGACGAUUGCUGUUAACGCGCGGGGAGCCGCGUUAGCCGUGAAGCACGCGGCUAGAGUGAUGGUAGCUAAUAAGAUCCGCGGCUCCAUAAUAUGUACAGCUAGCGUAGAGUCAAUUCUAGCCGGUGCAGCUCCGUUAGCGUACAUCGCAUCGAAGCACGCCGUCCUUGGCGUAGUGAAAGCUGCGGCGCGUGAGCUGGGGCAACAUGGAAUACGAGUGAAUUGCGUAUCGCCUUUCGGCAUAGCGACGCCGAUGGUGUGCAAAUCGUUUGGCGCUGAUGCGGCGGCUAUUGAAGCUAAAAUAUGUGGAAAUGCAAACCUGAAAGGUGUUUCUUUAACCACAAUGCAUAUAGCAGAAGCUGCACUUUUCCUGGCGUCAGAUGAAUCGGCUUACAUUAGUGCUCAAAAUUUAGCUGUUGAUGGUGGACUUAGUUCUAUGAUGAAGUUAAUGUAAACAAAAUCGGGACAGUACACUGUUUUUUUUGUUUCAAUAAAUGCUAACAGCCUGUUUAUGGUCGGUUAAUUUAGAUAUAGUAACAUUUAUGUAAUAAUUGAUUAUAGUGCCAUUCUAUGUCACCUUAUUAUUAAAUGGGAAUAUUUUUGUAUAA